CUAAGGAAUUUUAGGGUUCUUGGGUUUUAUAGGGUUUAGCGGGACAACAUGGCGGCGCCGGUAGUCGAGAAGCCCAAGCCGGCUGGCCUCGCCGAUGUGAAGCUCUUCAAUGCCUGGACGUACGAGGAGAUCGAGGUGCACGAUAUUUCGCUCGAAGACUACAUUUCGGCUAAGCGUGCCACGUAUGUUCCACACACCGCUGGGCGCUACUCCAAGAAAAGAUUCAGGAAGGCGCAGUGUCCAAUUGUCGAGAGGCUUACAAACUCUUUGAUGAUGCACGGAAGGAACAACGGAAAAAAGUUGAUGGCUGGUCGCAUUGUGAAGCAUGCAAUGGAGAUCAUUCACUUGCUCACGGACGCCAACCCGAUCCAAAUUAUUGUCGAUGCUAUCAUCAACAGUGGUCCUCGCGAAGAUGCUACCCGUAUUGGCUCCGCUGGUGUUAUCAGGCGUCAGGCUGUGGAUAUCUCCCCUUUGAGGCGUGUCAAUCAGGCGAUUUACUUGCUCACCACUGGAGCUCGCGAGAGUGCUUUCCGUAACAUCAAGACCAUCGCCGAGUGCCUUGCUGACGAGCUGAUGAAUGCUGCAAAGGGAUCGUCCAACAGCUAUGCGAUCAAAAAGAAGGACGAGAUCGAACGUGUUGCCAAGGCAAAUCGUUGAAGAGAAUUUUUUCCACCACAGGUUUAUUGUUUUCACUUCGCUUGAGAUUGAAUCAAUAGUUUAAGCGAUGGUUGCACUGUA